AUGCAGGGGCUCGCGGGGGGGAGGUCUCUGGGGACUCCUGUGCACCCCUCACCCACAGCACACACGCCCACGAGCCCCCAGCAGAGGAGGGGGAGUCAGGGGGGGGGGCUCAGGGAGAGAGGGAGGUCAGCAGCAGCAGGGAGAGAGGGAGGUCAGCAGCAGCAGGGAGAGAAGGAGGUCAGCAGCAGCAGGGAGAGAGGGAGGUCAGCAGCAGCAGGGAGAGAAGGAGGUCAGCAGGGAGAGAAGGAGGUCAGCAGCAGCAGGGAGAGAGGGAGGUCAGCAGCAGCAGGGAGAGAGGGAGGUCAGCAGCAGCAGGGAGAGAAGGAGGUCAGCAGGGAGAGAAGGAGGUCAGCAGGGAGAGAGGGAGGUCAGCAGCAGCAGGGAGAGAAGGAGGUCAGCAGGGAGAGAAGGAGGUCAGCAGCAGCAGGGAGAGAGGGAGGUCAGCAGCAGCAGGGAGAGAGGAAGGUCAGCAGCAGCAGGGAGAGAGGGAGGUCAGCAGCAGCAGGGAGAGAAGGAGGUCAGCAGGGAGAGAGGGAGGUCAGCAGCAGCAGGGAGAGAAGGAGGUCAGCAGGGAGAGAAGGAGGUCAGCAGCAGCAGGGAGAGAGGGAGGUCAGCAGCAGCAGGGAGAGAGGGAGGUCAGCAAGGAGGGAGGUAGGUCAGCAGCAGCAGGGAGAGAAGGAGGUCAGCAGCAGCAGGGAGAGAGGGAGGUCAGCAGCAGCAGGGAGAGAAGGAGGUCAGCAGGGAGAGAAGGAGGUCAGCAGCAGCAGGGAGAGAGGGAGGUCAGCAGCAGCAGGGAGAGAGGGAGGUCAGCAGCAGCAGGGAGAGAAGGAGGUCAGCAGGGAGAGAAGGAGGUCAGCAGGGAGAGAGGGAGAUCAGCAGCAGCAGGGAGAGAAGGAGGUCAGCAGGGAGAGAAGGAGGUCAGCAGCAGCAGGGAGAGAGGGAGGUCAGCAGCAGCAGGGAGAGAGGGAGGUCAGCAGCAGCAGGGAGAGAGGAAGGUCAGCAGCAGCAGGGAGAGAGGGAGGUCAGCAGCAGCAGGGAGAGAAGGAGGUCAGCAGGGAGAGAGGGAGGUCAGCAGCAGCAGGGAGAGAGGGAGGUCAGCAGCAGCAGGGAGAGAAGGAGGUCAGCAGGGAGAGAAGGAGGUCAGCAGCAGCAGGGAGAGAGGGAGGUCAGCAGCAGCAGGGAGAGAGGGAGGUCAGCAAGGAGGGAGGGAGGUCAGCAGCAGCAGGGAGAGAAGGAGGUCAGCAGCAGCAGGGAGAGAGGGAGGUCAGAGGUCAGCAGCAGCAGGGAGAGAAGGAGGUCAGCAGGGGGAGAAGGAGGUCAGCAGCAGCAGGGAGAGAGGGAGGUCAGCAGCAGCAGGGAGAGAGGGAGGUCAGCAGCAGCAGGGAGAGAAGGAGGUCAGCAGGGAGAGAAGGAGGUCAGCAGGGAGAGAGGGAGGUCAGCAGCAGCAGGGAGAGAAGGAGGUCAGCAGGGAGAGAAGGAGGUCAGCAGCUGCAGGGAGAGAGGGAGGUCAGCAGCAGCAGGGAGAGAGGGAGGUCAGCAGCAGCAGGGAGAGAAGGAGGUCAGCAGGGAGAGAGGGAGGUCAGCAGCAGCAGGGAGAGAACGAGGUCAGCAGCUGCAGGGAGAGAGGGAGGUCAGCAGCAGCAGGGAGAGAGGGAGGUCAGCAGCAGCAGGGAGAGAAGGAGGUCAGCAGGGAGAGAGGGAGGUCAGCAGCAGCAGGGAGAGAAGGAGGUCAGCAGGGAGAGAGGGAGGUCAGCAGCAGCAGGGAGAGAAGGAGGUCAGCAGCAGCAGGGAGAGAGGGAGGUCAGCAGGGAGAGAGGGAGGUCAGCAGCAGCAGGGAGAGAAGGAGGUCAGCAGGGAGAGAAGGAGGUCAGCAGGGAGAGAGGGAGGUCAGCAGCAGCAGGGAGAGAGGGAGGUCAGCAGCAGCAGGGAGAGAGGGAGGUCAGCAGCAGCAGGGAGAGAGGGAGGUCAGCAGGGAGAGAGGGAGGUCAGCAGCAGCAGGGAGAGAGGGAGGUCAGCAGGGAGAGAGGGAGCGGUUCAGUGGGGGGGGGGGUCAUGGUGUGGGAGGGUCAUGGUGUGGGGGGUCAUGGUGCGGGGGGGUCAUGGUGUGGGGGGGUCAUGGUGCGGGGGGGUCAUGGUGUGGGGGGGUCAUGGUGUGGGGGGGUCAUGGUGUGGGGGGGUCAUGGUGCGGGGGGGUCAUGGUGUGGGGGGGUCAUGGUGUGGGGGGGUCAUGGUGUGGGGGGGUUAUGGUGUGGGGGGGUCAUGGUGUGGGGGGGUUUGGUGUGGGGGGGUUAUGGUGUGGGGGGGUCAUGGUGCGGGGGGGUUUGGUGUGGGGGGGUUAUGGUGUGGGGGGGUCAUGGUGCGGGGGGGGGGGGGGGGGGGGGUAUGGUGUGGGGGGUCAUGGUACUCUGCUCAACAGCUCCAUGGCCUCUCUGUUCCCUCACUGUCCUCACCCUCGAGGCCUGGGGGAAGGAGGGGGUCAAGGGGCCACACGCGUCUAGGUCAGGGGCCACUAACCGCUGCCCCCUCCUCAAACCAUCACAGGGGCCCAACCGCAGCUCUGAGGCCCCUGGGGACCGGAGCAGCUGA